ACCAUUUUGAAAGGUGCUUUGGUCUGGGUACGUAAAGAAUAUAGGUCAAAAUGUAAAGGAGAAAUUCUACAUCAUUUCUAGAUUAUCUAGAUUUCUAGAUUAUUGGAGGGGAUGGCAGUUCAGAAGAAACCAUAAAUUGGAGAACAAAGAGGAGCUACAGAAAAAUAAAAAAGAAUGUGGUCACGGAAGAAAAUAUAGAAGUGGAUGGUUUUUCCCAUCUUGCAAGAUGGCGGGGGAAAAACCUGAGAAGCCAGGUACUAAGGAGAAGAAACCUGAUACUAAGGAGAAGAAACCUGGAGCUCAGAAGGCUGAUGCUGGAGGCAAGGUUAAGAAGGGUAACCUCAAGGCCAAGACGCCUAGGAAGGGGAAGCCCCACUGCAGCCGAAACCCUGUCCUAGUCAGAGGAAUUGGCAGGUAUUCCCGGUCGGCUAUGUAUUCCCAAAAGGCCAUGUACAAGAGGAAGUAUUCCACAGCUAAAUCCAGGAUUGAAAAGAAAAAGAAGGAGAAGGUUCUUGCUACUGUCACAAAACCAGUUGGUGGCGACAAGAAUGGUGGUACCCGAGUGGUUAAACUUUGCAAAAUGCCUAGAUGUGAUCCUACUGAAGAUGUGCCUGGGAAGCUACUGAGCCAUGGCAAGAAACCCUUCAGUCAGCAUGUGAGAAAAUUGCGGACCAGCAUCACCCCUGGGACCAUUCUGAUCGUCCUCACUGGGCGUCACAGAGGCAAGAGGGUGAUUUUCCUGAAGCAGCUGAGCAGUGGCUUGCUACUUGUGACUGGACCUCUGUCCCUUAAUCGAGUUCCUCUGCGUAGAACACAUCAGAAGUUUGUCAUUGCCACCUCCACCAAAAUUGAUAUCAGUGGUGUGAAAAUCCCCAAACAUCUCACUGAUGCUUACUUUAAGAAGAAGCUACGCAAGCCCAGGCACCAGGAGGGUGAGAUCUUCGACACAGAGAAAGAGAAAUACGAGAUUACAGAGCAGCACAAGGUUGACCAGAAAGCCGUGGACUCGCAAAUUCUGCCAAAAAUCAAAGCUGUUUGUCAGCUGCAGGGCUACCUCUGCUCUGUGUUUGCUCUCACAAAUGGGCUUUAUCCUCACAAAAUGGUGUUCUAAAUUCCUU